AUGGAGGUGGGAGAACGAGCCUGUGCCGUGCCCGGCCCGGCUCCCCCGUGCCACCCCGGGCCCUCAGGGCCGAGCCCGCCGGUCGGUGCCCGGCCCGGCUCCCCCGUGCCACCCCGGGCCCUCAGGGCCGAGCCCGCCGGUCGGUGCCCGGCCCGGCUCCCCCGUGCCACCCCGGGCCCUCAGGGCCGAGCCCGCCGGUCGGUGCCCGGCCCGGCUCCGCUCGCAGCCGCCCCCGGGCUCGGGCCGUCCCGCCGGUCACCCUGCCCAGCCCAGCCUCCCGUGUGCCCCCGGGCAAAGGGGGCCAGGAGAACCAUCGCCCCGGGCUCGCCGCCUCGUUCCGUGGAGUCACAGAACCGGCAAGGGGACACUCAAACAAAGUGGGUAAUGUCAGUAAGCAAAGAAAAUACCCCGAGUAAAAGUACUAAGAUUUCAGAUGAAAGCAAGAAAGAGAGUAUUUGUACAAUGUACAAAAAUGAAGAAACUCUUUUAGAAAAGAUCAGACUUAAGAUUGGUGAGCAGAUGGAUUUAAAUGCUGACUUGUUUAAUGAAAAAUUAGCAAGUUUAAAGAGAAGAGUCGAACAACUGGAAUGCACAAAUACCUAUGAAGAAAUAAGUAAAAUAUUCCUGCAGAAGAAAGUAGCAAAACUGGAGAGAUGUAUUGAUGCUGUGGUAGCAGCUCAGGGGGAAGUGUUCUCAGAACCAGCUGUUGCUCAGAAUGAAAGGAAGGAAAGAGAACCCCAACAGAGCCCUAUAGAAGAAGAAAACCACAAUGAUAGUGAAGACUUUGAAGCAAUUUCCACGUCUUCCUCCAUGGAUUCACAUCUUGCCUUUUCUCCAGAGCUUGCUGAAAAAUUUGAAUCCUUAAACUAAAAGAGGCUUUUGUGUAAAAUCCAAAGGGAAUCGCACUGCCAUGGGCCCUCAGAGGAACUGAUCCAACGUGUGCUUCCCUGGAUCUGUUCCAUGAAAACCUCAGUAAUAAUUCUGCAUCACAUCGGAAGAAAACAGACCAAAUAAGGGCUUUGCCACUUUUGGGGCCUUACUGUUCCCACAGGUUAUCAUCCCAGAAAGUCUCACUUCUUCAUUCAAUGAAAAGAUCUAUGUGGAUGUGACAGACCAUUUUGUGAUACACAGUCUAUAACUACUUAAAAAACUCUUGAAGAGACCCAGAGUACCUUACUAAGUGGUCUGCUACUGUUCUGCUGUUCUGUACUAUAUCGUUACUUGCAGUGAAUUUCAAGUUAAAGUGUUAUUUGUAUUGUGACAUUUAGACUGUAGAGGAUUCAUUUCCUCAUGUUUCUUAAUUGUUAGUGUCUGUUAUGAAUGUUAUUCCAUUUACUCUGUAAGUUUGAUUCUAUGGCCUUGGAAAUGAUGUCUUGUUUUUAAAACUAAUUUACUUCCACAUUUCAUUUUCUUUCGUCUUACUGCUUCAGAGGGGAUUAUUGCACAUAGGGUAGAAAUGAAAAAUAAAAUUUUCAGCUUCAUUAUUUUAUUUCAGCAGCAUUGAUGAACUAUGAUUUUAGGAAUCUUAGCUCUCUUCAGUUUUUGGAAAGGUAGUGGCUCAUCUUAUUCCUGGUUUUAGAAAUUAUAGGAAAGAUUUUUACUUUUGUCUGUUUAGCUAAGUGGCACAAGUUUCCAUGAUGCUCAAGGUAAGAACAGCUCUACAGUCCUUCCAUUAUUUUGAACACAUUAAGAACCACAUAAAUUACUGAUGUAGCUGGGGUAAAAAACCAGUUAAUGUCUAAGCAGCACAGAUCCUGUCACCUACAGUGCUUUUGUUUUUUUAAAGGUAUCUCAUAGCAAACUAAUGUACAACUUCAUUUUCUCUUGUCCUGGAUGGAAUAUAUAAAGAAAAACAUUUUUUUUUUAAAGUACCUUGACAUAAGUACUUUAGAUUGUUUUUCCAAGAUUGUUCCCUGUACUUCAAGUGCUUGCUUGUUGGGUAAAAAAUGUCAAGGUAGAGUCACAGAUGCUACAGAAUAUUUUAAAAAUUUGGACUUUUUUCUUUUGUUCACCAUGAUUAGAAGGGAAAAGUUUUAUAGGAUUUGGGAAAUUAUUUCUGGGGAGCUGGGAGGAAUGUUUUGAAUGGAUCUGUACAAACCUGUGUGUGCUGCUGGUUCCUCAAUGCAAACCUGAAUUUUGGACCGGAGCAGAUGCAGAAGUAACUGUUUACUCACAUGGCCAAGGCACUCAGCCUUAUCUUAAACACAUGGCUGUUUCUAGAAAUGAUGAAAAAUAACAAAACCCUUACAAGUAAACUACUUUUCAGGGCAUCUGUGGAUCCUGCAUUACUAAGUAGCUAUUGACACCAGACAUUUAAAGAUUCCAUACACUGCUAUUUUCUCUGCUUACCCUAAAGGUCUUCAACAAAGGACAAAAAUAGCUUGUGGUUCUAGUAGAGGCAGGAAGAAUUUAAUUUUACCUGUUCACACAAAUACUCAACUAUUUCUCAUCCAGCAUAGUAUAAAUAUAUCCCAAGCUUAAAGACAAGGUCAGAUUGCUAAACGUUUGCUAUUACAGUACAAGAAUGUUUUAUUUUCAUGUACAUUCCAGAAUAUAUAGAGUAUAGAAAAUGGUAUAUUUUAAAGGCAUAUCAGGUAGAAAGAAUAUCCUAAAAUAUGUUUGUCCUGCUAAAAAUUCUAGUUCACUGGUUUGCUACUUGUGGGUUUGCUGUGCAGAACAUUCCUGAAUGUCUGUUCUAUGUGGCAUCUUGUGUAUGCUGCUGUUUGUACUCAAGUAUUGGUGCUGUGCAUCAAGUGGUUGUUGUGUGUGUGCUUUUUACUUUUAAUUAAAGGGACAGAGCUUUAAUCUGGAAUUAAUCUGUGUGUUCAUGUAUAUCUACAUCUGUAUUUUAAAUACUUGCUCUGUAAAUGACCUGAGCAUGAUCAAGGCAAGAAAUUGAAACAUCUCUGCAAGUCAGUGGUAUAACAGCUAACUCAGAAUUUUACAGGACUGUCCUCUAGGUACAAGUCAGUUGUAAUCCAUAUUUGCUUAAGAAUUUCCCUUUUUCAUGUUUUAAUAAAUCUAGCAAAAUGCCUA